AAUGAUUUAAUUACAGGGUUCCCCAAUGUUGUUGGGUGUUUGGAUUGUACACAUGUAAGAAUUCAAGGACCCACAGAAAAUGAGAAGGAUUUUGUGAACCGCAAAGGCUUUCAUUCACUGAAUGUCCAGAUGACAUGCAAUGCUGAGUUUCUAAUAACUAGCUGUGUUGCAAAGUGGCCUGGAUCAGUACAUGAUUCUCGGAUUUUUAGGGACAGUCAGUUAUGCAGAAGUUUUGAGAAUGGAACAUAUGAUGGGCUCCUGUUGGGAGAUUCAGGGUAUCCCUGUAGACAUUUCUUAAUGACACCUUUCAUCAACCCCAGCACCAAUGAGCAGCAGAGGUUCAAUAACUCCCUGUGCAGGACCAGAACAACUAUUGAGCAGACAUUUGGCAUAUUAAAGAGAAGGUUUGCUUGCCUUUCAGUUGGGUUGAGAGUGGCACCAACCAAGGCAGCAGGGAUAAUCAUGGCCUGUGUAGUAUUACACAACAUAGCACAAGAAAAGAAGGAAGUGUUGAAUUGUGAACAUCAAAAUAAUUAUAAUGAAGUUGGAAAUCAAUUAAACUAUGUUGGUCCUGAUGCUGGUGGUGCAGGAGUGAGAAACCACAUCUGUCAAAAUAAUUUCCGUUGAUGAAUUCUUUCAAUACACACAGAAUUAGAAUACUGACAUAUCCAGAACAAGGUUGGGUUAAUUGUAAGUUGUAUAAAGUUUGUAAUUAAUUAACCUAUAAAAAAGAUAACAUUCAUCAGUCAUAAUUGAACUAUUUUAUAGACAUAGCUAGCUGCAUCAUACAGAUCCAACAAUUUCAAAGAUAUAUUGAUAUACAUGAGAUGUAAAUUCCAUUAAAGUCAUUGAUACAUACAAGAAUAUGUAAACAUC